CAGGAGCCGCUGCAUUCUGCUAAACUUGUUAAACGUGGUUGUACAGAAAAAAAAAAAAGCAGAAGUGCCGAUAUCAUCGCGGAUGUGGGUUAGAUAUUUUAACUAACUGAUCUUGCUUAGCGGGGUGUCACCAGCCUGGCCUGCAGCAGCAAUGAACCCAGAGGAGCAGACGGUCACCUGGCUCAUAUCCUUGGGGGUUUUGAAUUCACCAAAAAAAAUCAUUGCGGACCCAGAGGAUUUCUUAAAAUCGUGCUUGAAAGAUGGCGUGGUGCUCUGCAAACUCAUGGAGCGGCUUGUGCCGGAGUCUGUACAAAAGUUCUGUCAGGAACCGAAAAGCGAGGCAGACUGCCUGACCAACAUACGAGAGUUUCUGAAAGGCUGUUCAGCGUUAAAAAUCGAGGGGUUUGAAGCAGAAAACCUGUAUGCAGGGGAGAACUUCGGCAAGGUGCUCAAUACACUUCUGGCUGUCAACAUUGCCACACAGGAUCGAAUAGUAGAAAGAUCAUGUCAACGCUCCAACUCGCAAAGUCAUAGCCAGACUGCCAGCUCCCAGAGUGCAUUGUCUUCCAGAACCACCAAGUCUUUGCGCAGACAAUCAAAAAACGGGGAAAUGACGGAGAACGGGGGUCAGCAGCAGGCAGUGGUGAAGGCCCGGUUUAACUUCAAGCAGAAUAACGAGGACGAGCUUUCCUUCUCCAAGGGCGAUGUGAUCUGCGUGACGCGCAUGGAGGAUGGCGGCUGGUGGGAGGGCAACCUGAACGGGAAAACGGGCUGGUUCCCCAGUAACUACGUCAGAGAGAUCAAAUCUUCAGAUAAACCUGUAUCUCCCAAGGCUCUGAAGGGAUUCGACACACCUCAGCUUACAAAGAAUUAUUACAAUGUGGUAGUGCAGGAUAUCCUUGAAAAUGAACGCGAGUAUUCAAAAGAGCUUCAGACUCUGCUCACCAGCUACCUGAGGCCCCUGCAGUCCAGUGAGAAGUUGGCUACAGCAGAUGGCAUUUGUUUAAUGGGGAACUUGGAAGACAUUUUCACUUUUCAGCAGAGUAUUUGUCAAACAUUGGAAGAAUGUACAAAGCUCCCGGAAGCUCAGCAGAGGUUAGGUGGCUGUUUGCUGAACCUGAUGCCUCAGAUAAAGAGCCUGUACCUGGCAUACUGCUCGAACCACCCCUCUGCAGUCUGUGUGCUCACUGAUCACAGCGAUGAGUUGGAUAAGUUUAUGGAGAGCCAGGGUGCCAGCAGCCCUGGGAUUCUCACCCUGACCACCAGUCUGAGCAAGCCUUUCAUGAGGCUGGACAGGUACCCCACCCUGCUGCAGGAGCUGGAGAGACACGUUGAGGAGGCCCAUCCUGACUACAGUGAUAUCCUGAAAGCAAUAGCAGCGUUCAAAAAUCUUGUGACGCAAUGCCAGGAUCUCCGCAAACGAAAAAACCUGGAGCUCCAGAUCCUAUCGGAGCCGAUCCAAGGCUGGGAAGGGGAGAACAUGAGGUCCUUGGGCACCGUCCUGUACAUGUCACAGGUCAUGGUGCAGAGCGGGGCGAGCGAGGAUAAAGAGGAGCGAUACUUCAUGCUGUUUCCCUCUGUUCUUCUGAUGCUCUCCACCAGCCCGCGCAUGAGUGGGUUCAUAUACCAGGGAAAAUUGCCAUUAACGGGGAUGACUGUGACCAAACAGACUGACGACAGCGAGACAAAUCAAUAUGCCUUUGAAAUCACAGGGAACAUGAUUGAGCGCAUCACAGUGUGCUGCUGUAACCAACAGGAGCUGCAGGAGUGGGUGGAGCACUUGCACACUCUCACCAGAGGGGGCAGUCCAGGAGGAACAAUAGUAAAGAAUGUGGAAGGGAGGUCGAGCUCUGCUGUCAGUACUCCCUCCCACCAGACCUUCUCUCAGGUGUUCAGCGCCUCCAGCCGAGGGCCCCUGGAGCCCCCGAAGAUCGCCAAGCCCUGGUCCCUGAGCUGCCUGCGACCGGCACCCCCGCUCAAGCCCUCCGCCGCGCUGGGAUACAAGGAGAGGAUGUCUUAUAUCCUGAAGGACUCCGGUAAAAGCCCCCGAACAAUGAAAACGUUUCUUCCCAAGAGAAAAACAGAAAGAAAGACAUCAUCUGAUGAUGAAUUUCUGCUCAGGAAAAGCACCGCAGCUCUUGAGGAAGAUGCCCAGAUUCUGAAGGUCAUCGAAGCCUACUGCACUGGAGCCAGCUUUCAUCACACCAUCAGCUCCACUUCUCGAAAAGAGCCUGUUCCACAGGUGCUACUGCCUGAAGAGGAAAAAAUAAUUGUUGAGGAAACCAAGAGCAAUGGUCAGACUGUCAUAGAGGAAAAGAGUCUUGUUGAUGCUGUUUAUGCUUUAAAGGACGAGGUACAUGAACUAAAGAAGGAAAAUAAAAGAAUGAAGCAGUGCUUGGAGGAAGAGCAGAGGUCUCGUAAGGAGUUGGAGAAAGUUGUGAGGAAAAUGGUGAAGCAGAAGAAUGACUGCACCUGGGAGGACACCAGCCAUUAACUCCGCUGUCCCCGCGGUGGUGUGUCUGUGUGUGGGUGUGUUUGUGUCUGUCUGGGUCUGCUCGAUUCCUUUGAAAGCUGCUGGCAGUUUCAGCGGAUUAACGUUUUCAAAAGGGGAAUUACUGGGAAGUGAAACUGGAUGGAAGUGCCACUUUCUGACAUUCCCUGUGCUCUGCAUUGGAAAUUGAGUUUUUUGUUUUUACCUUUUUUUUUCAGUUGGGGACGGGGGGGGUAUAGAUUCGGUUUGAAAUGAGAAAAAAAAAAAACAAGUGUUAUUACAGACAAACAAAAUAUUUUGCAAGGUUGCAAUGUGGUCUCUCUCUCUCUCUCUCUCUCUCUCUCUCUCUCUCUCUCUC